AGAGGAAUAGAUCUUGUGAAUUGUGAUAUCCAUUUGAUGUGUAUUCACUGGAUACUUAAGAGAUUUUGCUCUUUUAUGUUUAAUGGCAAUUUGAAAAUACUACAAACUGCAGGGAUGGCAAAUGAUUUAUAAAUACAUCACCGGUGAUUCAAUUCCUUUUUGUACUUGAAAAUGAAAUUCAGCAGACGACAUUUUAGCAGACAACAAAUUACCCAGCAUGCAAAGGGUUAAUAAGUAUGAAGUAUCUUUGUUCAUGUUAGUGGUUAGCAUGGAUUAGAUGAAAUAAGAAUGAAACAGGAAUCGAAAAGAUUUUUCUCGCUGGAUUAGUAUUUUGGACGAAGUCGAGUGUGGGACAUUGAAGGUUCAUGACUGAGACAAAGUUCCGCCAUCUAUUGUGAUUUGCAGCCAUUGAAAAGGAUAACACAGAAAAGCUCAUUAGACAUCUCUACCAACAAACGCAGCCAUGGGUAACAAGUCCUCAAAGAGGAAGUUGCCAAAGGAAGACUUGGACUUCUUAACACAGAACACAAAAUUCUCAAAGAAUGAAAUCAAGGACUGGUACAGAGGAUUCAUGAGGGAUUGUCCAGAUGGACUGCUCUCAAAGACAAAGUUCCUGGAGGUGUAUUCCACUUUUUUCCCGGCGGGAAAUCCGGACCAGUUCUGUGAACAUGUUUUCCGAUCAUUCGACAAGGACAAUAGUGGAAAAAUAGACUUUAAAGAGUUUCUACUAGCUAUUAAUAUAACUUCUGGGGGCAACCCAUCUCAGAAACUGAACUGGGCAUUUGCAAUGUAUGACAUUGAUGGAAACGGGACCAUUGAGAAGAACGAAAUGGUGGAAAUUAUAAAAGCCAUCUACAGCAUGCUGGGUAAUGCCUUGACCAAUAAUGACACAGAUACACCAGAGGAACGAACCCAGAAAAUAUUCGCCAAGAUGGAUGUUAACAAUGACGGUGUCUUAACACGCUCAGAAUUCGUCGAUGGCUGUAUGAAGGACCAAUUUUUGUAUCAAAUGUUGACGGCGGAUGCUGGGGGCUGCAACCAGGAAUGAUCCAUCACACCCACACAUUGAUUCACAACCAUUGAUAUGAGUCUGGGGCCCAUAUUCACCAACCCAUUCUUAGACUAAGUAUUUUUACGCAUUUGUUGUCGCUUAGAAAGUUAAAUUUAAUUAAAGACCUUUCUUGCUAAAUUCAAGUUGUAAAGGCUUCAUUUCCAACCCUUGGAUACUGAUGAGCAGCAAACAGCAUAAAAUCUGAACAACCUGUUCUUGUUUUAUGCUGGUUGCAAAAGCCAUUUUCACUUUGCUUUUGGGGGAAAGGGUUAAGAAUAAAGAACAGACUUAGAACCAAAAAAUAUUUUAAUAAUAUACAAUCUACCAGUGGUGAUUUUGCCAUAAGCAAAACUUUGGUCAUGAAGAAAGAUGUAGAUAGAGGUGGAUCAAUGCCAUGUUUGACUCAGAACUAAAGCAGUAUUUGAAUAUUCCAAUUGAAAGAAUAUUCUUUAUUCUUAGACUUUAGUCUAACAAUGGAUUGGUGUAUACGUGCUCUUGAUCUGGGGAAAAGGGGGCUUAAAGUAUGACUAUUAAAAGUGUCCCAGUCUGCA